CCGGAAAAUAGUGUGCAUUGUGAACCAUUGACACGUGCUUUGACCUUUAACACGUGUUCUGAUUUUUAAAAAUCACAAUAGAUGACAAAACCAUACAUCUACGCACGGAACAGACAGACUUUGAUGAGGUUUGAGAACCAUUUUGAACGUAUAAUUAAGGGAGCUCUGGUAUCAUUUCUCACUAACAAUUUAUCUUUCUCUAUUUCUCUAUUCGCCAUCACCGAGGAUGAGGAACGCACUCUUGCUCCUGUUGGUUAUCCUAACACUCUGCAAGACGGUAGAUGCUAGAAAUAAACAUAAGAAGAAGCCUUCGCCAGAAAAAGCGUGCCAGCACCAUUUCAAAAAGUACGAUAACUGUUUGAAGAAAGGGUACGUUUCGACACUAGGAUGCAAGUACAGCACAAAGAAACCAAUGAAAGGCAAAAAACACAAACAUUGUGCCAAGUUGGAGAAAAAAGCAAAGAAUUGUGGUAAAAGUUGCGCAAUUGAUGGCGGGUGGACUGAUUUCGGUGGUUGGUCUGAUUGCUCUGCGAAAUGUGGUGGAGGAUCUCAGGAUAGGAUGAGGUCCUGCGAUAGCCCUGCACCUAAAAAUGGCGGAGCUGAAUGCCAGGGAGAUGAUUCAGAAAGCCAGGAUUGUAACACACAAGGAUGUCCAGUUGAUGGUGGGUGGACUGACUUCGGAAGUUGGACUGAUUGCUCUGCAGAAUGUGGUGGAGGAUCUCAGGAAAGGAAGAGGUCCUGCGUUAGCCCUGCACCUGAAAAUGGCGGAGCUGAUUGCCAGGGAGAUGACUCAGAAAGCCAGGAUUGCAACACACAAGGAUGUCCAGUUGAUGGUGGGUGGACUGACUUCGGAAGUUGGACUGAUUGCUCUGCAGAAUGUGGUGGAGGAUCUCAGGAAAGGAAGAGGUCCUGCGUUAGCCCUGCACCUGAAAAUGGCGGAGCUGAUUGCCAGGGAGAUGACUCAGAAAGCCAGGAUUGCAACACACAAGGAUGUCCAGUUGAUGGUGGGUGGACUGACUUCGGUGGUUGGUCUGAUUGCUCUGCAGAAUGUGGCGGAGGAUCUCAGGAUAGGAUGAGGUCAUGCGAUAGCCCUGCACCUGAAAAUGGCGGAGCUGAAUGCCAGGGAGGUGACGUAGAAAUCCAGGCUUGCAACAUACAAGGCUGUCCAGUUGAUGGUGGGUGGACUGACUUCGGAAGUUGGACUCACUGCACUGUUGAAUGUGGUGGAGGAACUAUGACGAAGUACAGGACCUGCGAAAACCCAGCGCCAGAAAAUGGUGGAGCAGAAUGCCAGGGAGAAGAAUCAAAAUCGAUCGGGUGCCACGAAUAUGCUUGUGAAUCAGAUAUUGGAUGUUGGCCCAAAGAGAUAGGGCAAAUAAAGGAUACGCGUACGAAGGAUCUCAAUCAAAGACUAAAUCGGGCUAUACUUGUCAGGAGUGGUCUAGCCAAUCCCCUCACAGACAUAUGUACACUGCUUUUCAUUAUCCAGGCAAAGGAUUGGAUCACAACUACUGUAGGAACCCAGCAGAAAAGUACCAUGAAACAUGGUGUUACACGACCGAUCCUAGCAAACGAUGGGACUGGUGUGUGGUCCCAGAUUGCGCCGAAGAACUUAAGUUCAUCAGCGCCACACAAAAAACCACCGGUUGGGGUGGGGUUGCAAAAUUGGCUAUUGACGGUAAUACUAACGGCUUCUAUUCCUCCAAGACAUGUACCCACUCUUCCGACCAUGAACAAAACUGGUGGAACGGUAAGCUAUCUGAGAGAGCUUCAGUGAGUAAGGUCAUUAUUCACAACAGACUCGACUGUCAGCAAUAGAAUCAAUAAUGUCCAGGUAUAUGUAGCGGGCACAUACUGCGGGGCGAUUACUUAUGAAACUGGCAAGGUUGUAUACGAAGUGGACUGUGGAGGUGCUAUAGGGGAUUACAUAAAGGUAACACAGAACGGUGAUUAUCUGACACUUUGUGAGGUUCAGGCUAUUGGAGUUUCCUCACCCAACCAGUGAGGAGUCCAGGAGUUGGAACACUGAUAUCUGUUUGGAGGUUGAUUUUGAGUAUAUUUUAGUUUGUUUCGACUUGAAAUUUCAUUUAAGUAUUACCAGUAGCUCUUUCUUGUUUGGUAGAUUUCUGUUUCCUGUUUUCAAUUGUUUCAAAAA